AACAUAUAUAUGAAAACUGUUGUGUGCAAACAAAAGUAGCAUAUUCAGUGGCAUUACAGAUGUUGACUGAAUAUUAAGUAAAAACUUUAGAUAAAUGUUGUAUUGAAGCAUAUUAUUGACUUCACACCACUAUUGCUAUCAUAUUCUGGAGUUUAAGCGAUUACCUGAUUGUUUCAUUUAGUCAGUUCAUAGUACAUAUCACAAAAUGGCAACAGGAUCAGUUCAUAAAAGUUCAGACUUGGUGAAGAACUAUGAUUGUGGUGCAUGCGAAGAGAAACAUUUUGAAGAAAGUUCUUUUGUAACACAUGCUUAAAGCUGUUUUGUAGCAAAUGAAUUAACUUGCAUAACCAGUUGUAUGAAAAACAUUCCCCAUUUGGAAGAGGAGAUAUGAAGAAUUGGCCUCUCAGUAAGAAAACAGAGGAUUUUCUACAGAUUUGUCAGGUCCACAAAGAUGAGAAACAAAACAUGUUUUGUCAGAACCACAGUCAGCUGUGCUGCACUAAUAGUGUACUACUUAGUCACAGACAGUGUAAGGCGGUGACACUUUUAUAAGAGACAAGUAAACGUUUCUCAACAGAUUUGCAGCAGUUUGCAGAUGAGAUUGAAACUGCUUUUGAAGAACUGAAACAACUUCAAAGUACUAGAGAGAGCAAUAUUAUCUUUGUGGAUUAUGCAUUAAUUGAACAACUUCAAAACAUCAGAAAUUCAACGCUUCUUUAGAUGAAUUAGAAACUAUUACUACAAAAGAACUUGAAGACGCAAGGAUUGCACUGAAAGCCACCAUCAAGAAAGACGUAGACAACUGCAACAAACUAAAAAAUGAACUGAAACAAUUAAGUGAAGCUGUUCAGGAUCUUGAUGAUAAGACGAAUACAGAGGGGCUCUCGUUUAUAGCUGGCAGGAAAUGUCUGGACAAAAUUCAGGAGUCAGAAAAAUAUCUUAAGGGGAACUGUGUUAACAUUGAACGUUCAAUAAUUGUUCUGGCAAACACUGACAUUGAAAAGUUCUUAGGGAAACAGUGGGGUCUGUGGAAGAUUGUAAUGGGAAGGCAGUCAAUGGCAUUUCAAUUGAAUCCAGACAAGGUGAUCACUUUGAAAGAGAAUUCAGAGCAUGAUACGCGCAUAUCAAGUGACUUUAGUCAGACUUGCAAGAUCACAGGCAUCUGUAGUCUCCCUAGUGGCCAGAUUGUUAUUGCAGAUCAAUUGACUAAGAGAGUGAAGCUGUUAGACCAACAGUACAAUGUAGUCAGCCACUGCACUGUGUCUGGUUCUCUAUGGGACAUAUGUCAUAUUACAUGCAAUGAAGUGGCAGUCACUGUGAGAGACGAUCAGACAAGCAGUGUCCAGUUUAUUUCUGUAAGCAAUUGGAAGCUUGUGAACAAAAGGAAGUUUCCAUUACAGCAUGAUGUUCUUGGUAUUUCACAUCACCAAGGAGUAUUGUAUGUCAGCUCACGGACUGCUCUGUACCACUACAGACUGAAUGGGACACUUGUGAAAAAGAUCUACGAGGACGUAUCAGGUGCUGACACAGUGUGGAAGUGUGUUCUGAGUUCAAUUGCUGACAGGAUCUAUAUCAUAAACAGCGACCAUCACAGGCUGCUCACACUGUCCCCAAAUAGGACCCUGUUAUUCACCUUCAUUGAUCCUCAACUACAAUAUCCAUGGUGUGACCAUGUUACAACUGCAGGAGGAGUGUUGGUCUGUGGGCUCACUUCCCAAACCAUCAUACAAGUGGACAGAGAAGGAAGAAGAAAACUAGAUACACUUGCCACUGAGACUGAUGUUGAGAGCUAUCCAAUAUCAGUCUGCUACAAUAUUAACAAGAAUAUAACCAUCGUUGGAAUGUUUAAUAUAAGCGAAAUACUUGUGUGAAAAGUGAAAUAUUAAAUUUUUAGAACAUUUAUAGUAAUGGCAUUUUAGAUGCAAUGUACAUUGUAAUGGUCUGUUGAUAAUGCAGUCAAACUUGAUGAUAUCAUGAAGAUAACCUUAACUAAUGUGCAACAUAUACGUAAUGUGUAAAACUUGUCCUAUGUUAAGUAUAUUCUACAAAAUAAUUCCUGAUAUGUUGAUUAUUUAAUACUAAAUGAUAGUUUUAAAAUUCUUCCUACAGCAUUGAUAAAAUAACUAAAAUGAUAAUCACAAUAUGUUUUAAAAGUUUUUUAAUAAAUUUAUCACGUUUUUUUUAUUCAAAAAUAAGCUAAUUAAAUAGAUUUUGUUUUCAUUUAUAACUUGUGAAUACAUAAAUACUGGGUGUUCCCCCUCUUAAAUGUACCUGUCAAUUAAGUUUGAAUGGUUUAUGUUCUAAAUAUACAUAAUUGUUAACAUCAAAAAUAUAUGGAAUCAUGACCUUUCAUUCAAAUUAAUGCAUUACCUGGUCAUAUGCGAUUGCUCUUAACAAUUAUUAUAAAGUCUUACUCAAAUAAGAAUCAUACAAAUAAUUUUACAAAUAAAUUGCCCUAAACGUCACAAUACUCAUAACACGAUUGUUAAAGUUAUAGUAGACCAAGUUUAUCAUCAUUCUAGUAGACUUUGUAAAAUGUGAAAAGUACGUCACUUGAAGUUUCAUUAUUUUAUAUUCAAUUAUUGUCUAUUUUAAAAUAAGAACGCUACCGAACUUUUUAAACGUUCAAAUUACCAGAGAUAUCCCUCAUUUGACAUUUACUAAUUCUUACAAUGUUUACAUUAAUUGAAUGUUGAUCAAAUUAUUUUAAAAUAGCAUGAAGGGUGAAGAGAAACAAGAAAACUUCGAGCCAUCUGAGCUUUGAGAAAAACAAGUUCAAAUAUAAUGUGUUUACAUGUACUUACAUUAGUAAGCAACAGAUUUGCAUCUCCAGUGGAAGAGUCUUAAUACUGCCUUAACUCGUAACUACUUUCUACAUAUGAAUAUUUAGAACCAAAUAUUUAAUAAAUACGUUGGGUCAAAAAAGGAGAGGCGUGUGAACAAUUUACAGGUGGCAUUCAUUGCAAUCUACGUGUAACUGUGUCGCAUGGUAUUAAGAACGUUGUCAAUUAAAAUGAAAUACAAAUGCAAACAAAUUAAAAGUAAGAAACAGGGCAGCUUACUUUAAAUGGUUGUGAACUCUCUGUAGUAAAGUUGUGUGCAUAAUCAUCAUAAAACUUGUGCAGAACCUUUCUUUUUUGAUGAUAACUGGACAAAGUUUGAAAAUGGUGUCGGUCCAUUGAAAAUAAUAACCGCCAAGGACGGUGUAGUUAUCCUUCUAUGGCUAUAGAAGUGAAACUUUGUGAACACUUGUAGUCACAAUUUUAGCCAUAUCUGAAUUGAAUUUGUUCACAAUAGUCAAGUUUAAAAAUCUUUACAGUGGAUUCAAAAAUGGCCUACAAGGGGAGGGUUGGGCAUUUUUUACUUAUACAACUUCGAUAAAACACAGUGAACACUUUAAAAAUCACGUUUUUGUCAGAUCUUUAUAGAGCUUGUUCAGAACAUGUGUUCAAAAUGUUCCUAUUCUAGUAUUUCUAGUAUUUCGAAAACAAUAUGGCUGCAACGGGAUUCGUUUUAAACUUAGCAAAUGUGCAAGCUUUGUACACAUGUUGAUGCAGCUUUGUUAUCACGCGAGUACAACUUAUUAAGUAAUAACUAAAUUGUGUGUUGUUGAAGCUGUUGUGUUUUAUGAUAAUUAUGAUUAUAAUAAUGAUGAGGAUGAUGAUGAGGAGGAUAAUGAUGAUGAUUAUGGAGUCAGAAAAAUAAAUAACAACCCAAGUUUC